UCUCAAGAGUUUCCUCCCCUUGCCCCUUCACUCACUAGCAUCAGUUGUACGUCUCUCUCAUCCAAACCUUCUUUACCCAUUUUCUAGGGUUUUGCAUUUCUCAUCGUUUCCCUGCAAUUUGCGCUUCCCGGUCUAUUACUUCCUGCCAGUCCAGAUUUCAAGCUUCCCAGGAUUGUUUGUGUUGAAGUGUGCCAAAAAUUGCUCAUGUGCUUUGUUUAUUUGAAGACUUGGGAGUCGUUGCCACUGAAAUGGGAUGGGUUAUCUUCUCUGGGUUGCUUUCUUCUUGAGGCUUAACAGAGCUUAUUGACUGAGAUUGGUUUAAGAGUUUACUCGGCCAACAAUGGAAUGCAACCGAAAAAUGGCUAUGAGGGCAAAGGAAUUGGCAGAGGAGAAAUUACGGGCUGAGGAUUUCAUUGGUGCCCGACAGCUCGCCAUGAAAGCUCAACAACUUUUUCCAGAACUGGAGAAAUUGAUGCAGUUGGUGGCGGUAUGCGAUGUUCACUAUGCUGCGCUGAAUAAGAUCGCUGGACUGGAGAACUGGUACGCCAUUCUUCAGCUUAACCGAUUUGCCGAUGAGGCUGCAAUCAAAAAGCAGUAUAGAAAGCUGGUGUUGCUUCUCCAUCCCGACAAGAACAAAUUCGCGGGUGCAGAAGAGGCUUUCAAGUUGAUUGGGGAAGCGUACGGAUUGCUCGCUGAUCAGACAAAACGCUUGGAAUAUGACAUCAAGUAUAGGGUGUUUUCACAGAUUAAUGCUUCAAUACAAAUGAACAGGAAGUCCUAUACCAACUCCGGCAGACAGUAUGAGCCUGAAAAUUCUGAGGUGAAUCGAAAGCCGACGAAUUUUGUGUUCUGGACGCGUUGCGAGCAUUGUGGAUUUUGGUGGAGGAUUUUGAGAGUAUACAUGAACACUUCAAUGCAGUGUUCCAGUUGCCAAAGAAUAUUUUUUGCUGUUGAGACCAGGUCUUAUGGUGUAUCGCCAACAUCAGCCCCUAGACAGUUUCCUAGACAAAAUGAGGUUCCAAAUCAAGGGUCAGGCAAUGUGCCUCUAUGGAACAGUAGUGCAGAGCCUACAGGAGGGCGAUCGGGAAAUGCACCGGCCGAGAUGGAUACAAACCCAAAUGAGCGUGCAAGUUCUGAGCCGAUGAAUUUUGUGUUCUGGACAUGUUGCGGGCAUUGUGGAUUUAGGUGCAUGUUUUUGAGGGAGCACAUGAACACUUCAAUGCAGUGUUCCAGUUGCCAAAGAACAUUUUUUGCUGUUGAGAUCGGGUGUUAUGGUGUAUCGCCAAGAUCAGCCCCUAGACAGUUUUCUAGACAAAAUGAGGUUCCAAAUCAAGGACCAGGCAAUGUGCCUCUGCAGAACCGUAGUGCAGUGCCUGCAGAAGGACGAUCAGGAAAUACACCGGCCGAGAUGGAUACAAACCCAACUGAGCCUGCAAAUUCUGAGCCGAUGAAAUUUGUGUUCUGGACGUGUUGCGGGCAUUGUGGAUUUAGGUGCACGUUUUUGAGAGUGUACAUGAACACUUCAAUGCAGUGUUCCAGUUGCCAAAGAACGUUUUUUGCUGUUGAGACUGGGUCUUAUGGUGUAUCGCCAACAUCAGCCCCUAGACAGUUUCCUAAACAAAAUGAGGUUCCAAAUCAAGGGCCAGGCAAUGUGCCUCUGCGGAACAGUAGUGCAGAGCCUACAGGAGGGCAAUCAGGAAAUGUACCGACCGAGAUGGAUACAAACCAAAAUGAGCCUGCAAAUUCUGAGCCGAUGAAAUUUGUGUUCUGGGCGUGUUGCGGGCAUUGUGGAUUUAGGUCCACGUUUACGAGAGAGCACAUGAACACUGCAUUGCAGUGUUCCAGUUGCCAAAGAACAUUUUUUGCUGUUGAGGCCGGGCCUUAUGGUGUAUCGCCAAGAUCAGCCCCUAGACGGUUUCCUGAGGUUUCAAAUCAAGGGCCAGGAAAUGUGCCUCUGCGGAACAGUAGUUCAGAACCUACAAGAGGGCGAUCAGGAAAUGCAUCGACAGGGAUGGAUACAAACCCUAAUGAGCCUGCAAAUUCUGAGCCGAUGAAUUUUGUGUUCUUAACUUGUUGCGGGCAUUGUGGAUUUCGGUGCAUGUUUUUGAGAGAGUACAUGAACACUUCAAUGCCUUGUUCCAAUUGCCAAAGAUUAUUUGUUGCUGUUGAAACUGGGACUUAUGGUGUAUCACCCAGAUCAGCCCCUUAUCAGUUUCGAAGAAAAAACGAGGUUCCAUGUCAAGGGCCAGGCAAUGUGCCUCUGCGGAACAGUAGUCCACAGCCUACAGGAGGGCGAUCGGGAAAUGCACCGGUCAAGAUGGAUACGAACGCGAUGAAGACAGAUCAGAUAGAUGAUACUGAAGUAAGGAAACCUGGGACAGAAAAGGGGAUUGCAAAUGGUGACGCGGAAGUUAGUAAAGCCGAGGAUAGUAAGGGAGCUACGAUGAGUAAUGCCGAAGUACCAAAAGCUAAAGCAGUGAAGUGGCAAUAUGAGGUUAGAGAGUCAGAGGGUGGUGAAGCAAAGCCUAAACCUGAUGUAACAAACCCUAAGGGUGAUAAGGAAGCGACUGUAAAAAGAACGGCGGAAAAGAGCAGAAAGAUUGUAGAGGAAUCAAGUGAGAGUUUUGAGAUUGACGGAUUUGAUAAUGUCGGGUCUGUAAAUGCUGCGGAUGGAAAUAAGAAGAUGAGCUCUCUGAGGCGAGAGCGGAAGGUGUCUUGUGGAGAGGAUGGAGGCGAUGGCAAUAUUCUAAGCCCUCCAACAAAAACAUUGAAAUUGCAUAUAGGAUUCAAAUCUGAUGCUGAAGAGGCAUUUCCAUCAAGUAGGUUUGAGAAAAUUGAUAGUGUCUCCAAAGCUAAUAGUGAAAAUCCAAAAUCAGAGGAAUUCCCGGAUCCAGAUUUUAGUAAUUUUGACGAGAAAAAGGGCGGAUUCUCCGUCAAUCAAGUGUGGGCUCUCAAAGAUUCUCUGGAUAGCAUGCCAUGGUUCUAUGCUCGGAUGUUCACUGCCCCGCUGAACCUUCAGAUGACCUGCCUUGAGGCUCUACCAGUUACAAAAAACGAGAUCCGUAUUCCGGUUUCUUGUGGAAAGUUUAAAAGCGGGGUAACGGAAGAAACAGAUGAUUUCGGUACGUUUUCUCAUCAGGUGCAUUGUAUCGAACAAGGCUCUCACCAUUCCAUAUACCCACAAAAGGGAGAAACCUGGGCUGUUUUCAGAGAUUGGGAAAUCAGUUGGAAUACUGACCCAGCUAAGCAUAAAGAACCGUACGAAUAUGAAUUCGUCGAAGUGUUGACCGACUUUAUGGAGACGCCUGAUGAUGAUAACGGUAUCUGUGGCAUCGGAGUGUACUAUCUCGAAAAGGUGGAAGGAUUUGUUUCGCUCUUUGUUCGGGCAAAACACCGUAAGGUUCUAGCAUGCAUAUUUGAGCCGAGGGAAAUGUGUAGGUUUUCUCACAAAGUCCCGUCGUUCAGAACGACUGGGACAGAAGGAGAAGGCGACCCUCCCGGGUCAUUUGAGCUCGACCCUUCUGCUCUACCGAAAGAUAUCUUUGAGACUGAUCCUCGUAAAGAUGAUGCCGAGACGGGCAGCCAGAAUCUGGAUGGCACGGCGGGUGGAGAGAGUGUUUGUUCUCGAAAGAGACGUCGGGAUAUUGAAAGAGAGAAUGGUUCAAUUGCCAAAGUGCCACUGCAGGUUUAUAAACGGUUUACCCAUGGAGAGAAGAUGAAUUCACCUCCGACAUCAAAGUAAAGCUGAUAUGUCUUAAAGUAGUUAACUUCUCGUUAUUACAAGUAUCGUAGCAGCGGUUCGUUUCCCGACCGUUUAUUACCUAUUUAUC